AAACCGGCCCCGGGGCUUGGAAGGGCUCGAUGCUUUCUCGUUGCCGCUGCUUCUGAAGCAGGAGGACGACGACGACGAGGGGGCACCGCAGGAAGCGUCUGGGGGUGGGCGGUGGGUAAGGAGAGCUCCCCGUCGCCAGGUCGAGAAGGGGUUUUGGUGGGGCGAGUGGGGCGCGGAGGAAGUGAUGCUCAAGAAUCCAGUCCCAAAGUCAGGGAAGGAUGGGGGGGGGGGUAAGAACCUCCAUGUCCAAAGGCAGUCUAUAGUGGUACCUCGGGUUAAGUACUUAAUUCGUUCCGGAGGUCCGUACUUAACCUGAAACUGUUCUUAACCUGAAGCACCACUUUAGCUAGUGGGGCCUCCUGCUGCCACCACGCCACCGGAGCACAAUUUCUGUUCUCAUCCUGAAGCAAAGUUCUUAACCCAAGGUGCUAUUUCUGGGUUAGCGGAGUCUGUAACCUGAAGCGUAUGUAACCUGAAGCGUAUGUAACCCAAGGUACCACUGUAUCUCUGAAUGGCCAUAACAACGAAAGGAGAGCCUGCUGGAUCCUGCCAUCUAGACCAGCAUCCUCUUCUCACAGUGGCCAACCUGAGGCCUGAGUGGGGAGCAGGAUCUGAUCCCAAGAAUACAGUGGUACCUCGGGUUACAUACGCUUCAGGUCACAGACUCCGCUAACCCAGAAAUAGGACCUCGGGUUAAGCACUUUGCUUCAGGAUGAGAACAGAAAUCGCGUGGCAGUGGUGCAGCGGCAGCAGAGGCCCCAUUAGCUAAAGUGGUGCUUCAGGUUAAGAACAGUUUCAGGUUAAGAACAGACCUCCAGAACGAAUUAAGUUCAUAACCCGAGGUACCACUGUACUCUCCUGCGGGUUUUCCAGAAGCAUUUCUGCCUCUGGCUGCGGAGGCAUAGCAGAGCCACUGUGACUAGUAGCCAUCAAUAGCCCUCUCCUCCAUGAAUUUGUUUGAUCCUCUUUGAAAGCUAUCCAAGUUGGUGCCCGUCGCUGCCUCCUGCAGCAGGGAGUUCCAUAGUUUGUGCUGCGUGAAGAGGUCCUUUCUGUGUAGAAAAGGAAUAGAGAGAUCAGUUAUGAGAUUUAAAUGUACUAGGGAAAGUAAGAAAUGUAUACGAAGAAAUUAGAUUGGAAAAUUUUCAGACAGGAUUGAUGGAAGUCAAAAAAUUGUAUAAGAUGUAAAAGUAUGUUUAAUUACUGUUGAAAAUGAUAUGUCAAAAAACUAAUUUUAUACACACACACACACACACACACACACACAGAGUGGUGGUACCUUGGGUUACAUACACAGGAUGAGAACAGAAAUCAUGCAGUGGCGGCGCGGCAGCAGCAGGAGGCCCCAUUAGUUAAAGUGGUGUCUCAGGUUAAGAACAGUUUCAGGUGAAGAACGGACCUCCAGAACAAAUUAAGUACGGUACUUAACCCGUGUGUGUGUGUGUGUGUGUGUGUAUAUAUAUGUAUAUGUCCUUUCUGAACCUUUUCCAACUCUACAAUGCCCUUUUUGAUGGGAGACGACCAGAAUUGUACACGGCAUCCUAAAUAUGGCCGCAUCCUAGAUUUGUAUAUUAGUAUUACAAUAUGGGCAGUUUUGUUUUCAGUUCCUUUCCCAAUGAUCCCUAGCGUGGGAUCUGCCUUUUUCAAAGCUGCCAUAUACUGUAUUGGGUUGACAUCUUCAUCCAGCUAUCUGCUGUAACUCCAAAGUGUUGCUCCUAGGCUGGUUCAAACCAGAGGAGGAUUUAGAGGAGAGAGACCAGUGCACCCACACUGGGCGCCUAGCCAAGAGGGUGCUGUAGGAGCCCCUGCAACAGUAACUUAGAAUGGAAGACAAGAGGCAGGAGGGCACCGAAUUUUGGCAUUGCACAGGGCACUGUUAAAUUUGAAAAAACCCCAAGUCCACCAUUGUUCAGACCCGAUGAUAAUAUAUGUGCCCAUUCACUCAGUUUGGAGAGGGUCCCUCUGCAGCCCUUUGCAAUCUCUCUCUCUCUCUAUUAAGAACCCUGCUGAGCAGUUCAGCAAAUAUGGCCAUCUCAUUGCUCUGGCAUAUCAGUUUCUGAGCCUUGACAGGAUUUGGGAUUUGGAGAAGGGUUGUAGCUACCGUAAGUAGCAUACCACCAGUUCAGCCCCUCGCAUCUCCAGGUGAGAUUGCAAAGAUCCUUGCCAGAAACCCUGCCAGAAGGGGAGCAGAAGGGCCAUUUAGCCCGGAACCUUGAACUCAAAAUGAGUCCUUAAAUUCUGACACUUAAUUCACAGAAACAUAGAAUCGCAGAAUGCUGAUUUCUAGGUAGUGAAGAAGGUGCAAGGCUCCUGAUGCAAAUUUGCAUGUGCUGAUUUAUACACAUAGAUGCACAAAUGUACAGGUCUGAGCAAAUUCAAAGAUGGCGAGGGUAAUCAAAAUAACCACCAUGCUUUUAAAGGGUUGCAUCUAACUAGGAUGCAAUUUACGAUUAUUUGCGCUUGCGGUGCUAGCGAGGUGGUCCUAAACAAUCUUGCUUUUGCAUCUUCAGAAGCUUUGGGGUGGUCUCACUGUUUCAUUUUCCAAAGGGUGCAUAUCCUGUAAGUUCCUGCUAGUAACUUUUCAUUCGACAAAUGCUCCAAGUCAUUAGCCUUCCCUCCCUCCCACUUUUACUUGUAUUAUGCACUAUACAUUUAAAGCAGUAUUGUUCCACUUUAAAUACCGUAUUUUUGGCUCUAUAAGACUCACUUUUUCCCUCCUAAAAAGUUAGGGGAAAUGUGUGUGCGUCUUAUGGAGUGAAUGCAGGCUGCGCAGCUAUCCCAGAAGCCAGAACAGCAAGAGGGAUUGCUGCUUUCGCUGCGCAGUGAUCCCUCUUGCUAUUCUGGCUUCUGGUAUUCAGAUUUUUUUUUUCUUAUUUUCCUCCUCCAAAAACUGGAUGCGUCUUAUGGUCUGGUGCGUCUUAUAGAGUGAAAAAUACGGUAGUCAUCAUGGCUCCAACCACCCAAGAAUCCUGGGAACUGUGGUUUGUUAAGGGUGUGGAGAGCUAGGACUGGCUACAAAGAACUUUAUUUGAAAUAGCUCCAAGUUUUCAAUGUCUUUUUCUCCUUUUAGACAUUAUUGAAAGACUAUGAUGUUCAAGAAUCAAACGACUUCCUGAAUCAGUGUGUCUGGGGGCCACGAUAGAUGCCGGUGGUGUUUGACCAGGAAUAUAUACAGGUACAGGCAAAGGUACAGGUACACAAAGUGCUGCUGUUUUCCCUGGUAACUUUGGCAAGAUUUGCAAGAUUUUUAGAUAACGGCAUAUAUUCCUCUAGAGUGGGACUCCGACCUCCAUCAGCCAGCAGGGCUAAUUGCCAGGGUUGAUGGGAGUUGUAGUCCAACAACAUUUGGAGAUCUGCAGGUUCCUCCAGCCCUGUUCUCUGCAAGGGAAACCAGAACAAUUGGCAGGUAUUCUUUUUCUUCUUCACUGCCUUCACAUCUUUAAUCCUAAUGCUUUACGAAUAAUUCCCAACAUUGAGCAAUAGCUAGUACUAUUUUUCUAGAAAAUGAGGUGCUAGGAACUCACCAAUAAUUUCUCCCUUGUUCUCUUAGAAUGGUGAUAGUGCCCACCAGGGAGGUAAAAAAAACCCAAAAACCCUGGCGAUAGCCACUGCUGGAUAUCACACAUUCAGUUUGCCUUUUUCCUCAUUGUCUAUUUUUUCUAAAAUAUAUUUAUAUUUUUCAGAUUUAUACAUUUCUCUGAUUUUACAAUCCUUUUGACAUUUCAAAACUUGACUUCCUUCCCCCUCUUUCUGCAGUUCCUUAAAUUUAUUUUUAAUAUCUUCUGCACAUCCAAAUUAACUUAAUUUGCUCAUUUAUUCAUCUUCUUUAAAUAUACAGUGGUACCUUGGUUCUCAAACUUAAUCCGUUACGGGAGUCCGAUCAACUCCCAAAACUGUUCAAAAACCAAGGUGCAGCAUCCAAUUGGCUGCAGGAGCUUCUUGCACUCAUUCGGAAGUCACGGAAGCCGCGUUCAGACAUUUGGCUUCCAAAAAACGUUCACAAACCAGAACACUCACUUCCGGGUUUGUGGCAUUUGGGAGCCGAUUUGUUCGGAAGCCAAACCAUUUGAGUACCAAGGUACCACUGUAUACUCUUAUGAAACUGCAGGUUAGUGCAAUAAUCCUGCCAGUGUUUUUAUUUGUUUACAAUGUAUCUGUAAAUAUUCAAUAAACCAUUUCCAUUCUUUUAUAAAAAGCUUGUUAUCUUGAUUUCUUACUUUUCCGGUCAGUUCUGCCAUUGCUGCAUAUUCCAUAAGUUUUUGUAUCCAUUCUUCCUUUGCUGGGACUUCUUCUUCUUUCCAUUUUUGGGCAUGUAACAUUCUUGCCGCUGUAGUCGCAUACAUGAGUAAGUUUCUAUACAAUUUAGGUAGUUCUGUCCCUAUAAUUCCCAAGAGCAAAGCUUCUGGUUCCUUUUUCCUUGUUGUCUAACUGGAAGCCUCAUUUGCCUCCCUAAAGCAUAGCGAGCAAGAAUGAUGCUUCCUGUCGUAGCUGAUGUCUAAAGUUCGCCUUGAUGAAUGCAGUGUUUGGAACCAUCCCUAUCAUACUCAGGCACCCGUCUGUCUACGGCCUUUCCCGGAUCACAAACAGCCUGUUCCUCAGUAAUGGCGAGGCCGCCAACAACAAACUCUUCCUCUACGCCAACCAGAUCACCACAGUUAUCAACGUUUCGGUGGAGGUGGUCAACACUUACUUCCCAGACAUUUACUACAUCCACGUCCCCAUAACAGACUGCCCCUCGUCCCGCCUUUUGGACUUCUUUGACCCCGUAGCCGAUAAGAUCCGCGCCGUGGAAUCAAACCAAGGCCGGACACUAGUUCACUGCGCUGCGGGCGUCAGCCGCUCCGCCGCCCUGUGCAUUGCCUACCUGAUGAAGUACCACUCGAUGUCUCUGGCAAACGCCCACGCCUGGGUCAAGUGCUGCCGGCCCAUCGUCCGGCCCAACAACGGCUUUUGGCAGCAGCUCAUCCAGUACGAGCAGAAACUCUUUGGGAAAACCAGCGUCAAGAUGGUCCAGUCCCCGCUGGGGGUGAUUCCUGACCUCUACGAAAACGAAGUCAGGGUCAUGAUAGCCUUGUGACAAUUACAGAACUCGCGCCCUCCGGGAGAAGGGGGCUCAGCGGAACUGAACGAACCCCGACGCUAUCUUUACUAAGUCUGAAAUUUUGCCCAACUCUGUCCAGUGCAGAGCCCUAUUGCCUGAUGAAGAAGAAGGGGGGUGAGAUUGUCAAUAAGGGGAUGCUCUGUGUGUAUGCGUGUGCCUUUUUCUUUUCUAUACAUAAAAGUGACAAAAAAUUGAAAAAACAAGCAAACCAUAGGCAAGC